AUGCAUAUGAAAGAAAAUGAAUCUGUUUCAGAUUACAUUUCAAGAGUUUUGGCUAUUGUCAAUCAAAUGAAAAGAUAUGGUGAAGAGUUGAAGGAUGCUAGGGUCGUUGCAAAAAUACUACGAUCCCUAGAUUCAAAUUUUGAUUAUAUUGUUGUUGCUAUUGAAGAGUCCAAAGACUUGGACACCAUGACCAUAGAUGAACUUUCGAGUUCUUUGCAAGCCCACGAAGAAAAAUUGAAGAAACCGAAAGAAGAAUCGGUUGAAAAGGCAUUGCAAGCAAAACUUUCCUUCAAGGAGAAAGAUGAAAGGCGUGGUUCACAGCAAAGAGGUCAUGGAAAUGCAAGAGGUCGUGGUAGAGGGGGAAGAGGUGGUAGUCAACCACCAAAUAGAGACAAUAAAAGCCUAGACUAUAGUCAAAGAAGAGGUCGUGAAAGAGGCAAAGGAUGGAGACAAAAUCAAGGAAGGUAUGACAAAUCGAAUGUUGAAUAUUAUACUUGUCAUAAAUUUGGACAUUUUUCCUGGGAAUGUAAAGAUAAUUCGGAGGAGAAAAACAACUUUGUGGAGAGCAAAAAUGAAGAUGAAGAUGCCACUCUACUUCUUGCAUGCAAAGGAGAAGAAAAUGUGGAAAAGAACAAAUGGUAUCUUAUCUCAGGUGCAAGUAAUCAUAUUUGUGGAAAGAAAAAUUUAUUUGCGGAGCAUAAGGAGCUGAAUGGUGGCCCAAUCACUUUUGGAGACUCUUCGCGACCUAAGAUUGAUGAAGAAGGAAAGCAUGGUGAAUGGAUUGCCAACAAUUGA